CUGACUUUGGCCUCUGCGCUCAGCUCAGCCCUGAGCGCAGCAAGCGCAGCUCCAGGGUGGGCACUCCCAGCUGGAUGGCACCGCAAGUGGUGAGAGGAGAAGCCUACGGCCCCAAAGUGGACAUCUGGUCGCUGGGGAUCGUGGGGCUGGAAAUGGUGGAAGGGGAAGCUCCUUACCAGAGGGAAGCCCGUCUGAGGGUUUUUGAACUGAUAGAAAGGAACGGGCCCCCAAAACUGCAGAACCCCAGGCACCACUCGGCUCUCCUGCGCGUCUUCCUGCGGUGCUGCCUGCAGGCAGACGAGGACAGGCGCUGGUCUGCCCAGGAACUGCUGGAGCAUCCAUUUGUCACCUCAGGCCAUCCUGCCUCCAGCCUGGCUGCUCUGGUCAUCUCAGCCAAGCAAGUGCGGGAAGAGUGGAGAGGAGACGUGCCCCGCCAGCUGAGAGGAGCGUCUUGGCGUACAAAUACAUGA